AUGUUCCAGGCUUUGCCUACUGCUGCGCAUUGUCGGCGCGGAACGCCUGAUCCGGCACACAAGAUAAGGGAUCAUCUCGACUCGACAUGGGAGUCCUCCACCGUGGCUGAGGGCUCGUUGAGCGUAAAGUCUUCGCCUCUGUCCGAAACAGUAGAAAUAUCUUACCCUCCCCCUUUAUCACCGAGUGUUGGGCGACCAAAGACCGAGCAAGACGCACGAUGCCUCACUGCCACAUGUCUCCGCCGCCAGCCAUUGCAGUCCAGGUACCUCACCAUAUCCACAUCCAGUCCGCUCCGCGACAUCUUUCGCUCGCUUCAAGAAGCUCGCAACACCGGGCACUUGAAAAGCAUGGUGAACGAUGCUGAGAUCGGCGGGCGAGUAAAAGGGUUUGAGCACCUCGCCAUCGUCCCUCGAUUGUGUCAGGAUUCAGCGACGGUUACAGAUCUCGUCAGAGUCAGAAGUCCGGGGCCGCAGGACAAAACUACCGUUCUUGGGCUUGGUGUUGCUGAUCGAUAGCACGGAUCUGUCGUUAAUCUCGCGCGCAAAUCACAGGCUAUGCUCAUCUCACUUGGACCGACGUGGGCGGACUUUUUGCC